CAACGCAAUUACACGGCGGACCUCGCCGCCUCGCUUCCUACGGUGGACGCCGUUGCCUCCAUCGGCUCGUUCCACAGUUUGUUAUCCCACGUGACGGCACAGUGUUGGCAACAAACGGGGCAGCUCCGCUGUAGUUAGGGGGCUGAAAUUCGUCCGCUAACACUGUCCAUGACCAACGGAUCGCUGCGCCCGGGCGGUCACACUCGGGGAUAGGAGAAUCCCAUUGACGGCGCGCCAAGUACGUUCUCUAGAGUCUUCCUAUAUUAACUCUAUGCUCCAGUGGAUUUGUUGUCAGCCAACUGCCCUGAAGCAGACGACAUUCCAGAGGGCGCCACAUCACUGUAAAAAGGCGGCCACCUAGCUGACCUAGCCCAGAGAAACAGCAGGAGCAGACGCAUUCUUGUUACAUGCGCAGCAUUCUUGGAUGCACUUGGAUGUUUCUCGAUCCGUACUUGCCUUGGGCUUGUGUCACUGUGCUGGAGCUAUGUUACGACUACUUCUUGACGUGUGGAUCUUCCUGCAAGAACUGUAUUAUUUCGCUUUCGACCGGGUGAUUCAUUUUCUGUUCAGCUUGUGGUACGGAAAUGUUGCCAAGGCCGUCUUGCCUCCGGUGGACAGCUCGCUCUUGUUUGAGCCGGCAACUUGUUUGGCCGUCAAUAUAAGGCUCGGAAAGGUGAAGAGCGUCGACGUGGUGAAGGCCUACAUCAAGCGUAUUAGGCAAGUACAACCAAUGCUCAACACCAUUGUGGAUGAACGUUUCCAAGAUGCCGUCGCCGAAGCUGAGGACAUUGACAGGAAAAUCAAGUCUGGCACGAUGGAUCCACAGUUCCUGUCCAAGCCAUUUCUUGGUGUUCCCUUCACAGCGAAAAACAGCGUUGGAAUAGAAGACUGCGUUCAAGACUGGGGCUCGUGGUAUCUAAAGGACCGCAAGGCGAAGGAAGACGCAAAAGUGGUCGAGCUCCUCAGGGAGGCUGGUGCUAUCCCAGUGGCGACGUCGAAUGUUCCAGAAAUGUGUAUGUCUGCGGACUGCGACAACAGAGUGUAUGGUCGCACAAAUAAUCCCUACGACACGAAUAGGAUUCCUGGAGGGAGUUCAGGAGGUGAAGCAGCUUUGCUGGCCUCAGCAGCUUCGGUCAUCGGUGUUGGGACAGAUCUGGGAGGAAGUCUCAGAAGUCCAGCUUCGUUCUGCGGCAUCUUUGCUCACAAGCCAACUGCAGGAAUAGUGUCGCUGGAUGGCAUCGACCCCAAGCUCCCCGACGCUCUCGCCGAGAUGAACACAGCAGGGCCAAUGGUGCGGUACGUGGAUGAUCUACUACCGAUGCUGAAAGCUAUGGCUGGAAGCCAGAACUCGGAUCGACUUCGUCUAGAUGUCGAGGUGAACCUGAAGAAGGUACGGCUGCAUUACAUUCCGGACGACGGCGCCAAGUUCAUAAGCCGCGUAAGACCGGAGGUUACUUCAACUGUCCACAAGGCUGUUGCCUACCUUGAAGAGGCAACGGGAUCCAAAUCAUGUCGACUCAGCCUCCCUGAAAUGCAGCACGCAUUCACUAUCUGGAUGGCAAAAGCGUCUCGUUGCCCUCCUAUCGCUGGCAGCUUCAAAGCAGGAAAAGGUCGCUUGCAUCCAGCAAAGGAAUUCCUGUUGACAGUCUUCGGUAGAUCGAAGCAUAAUUUGGCAUCGGUUAUGUACGCAUACCGUGAGAAUCGACGAUAUUUCGAAGACAAGAGACGUGUUCAAAAGUACGAAGCGAAGGAAAGAUCAAUCGGCGAAAAGCUAGAGGACAUCCUGCGUGAUGACGGUGUCUUGAUCAUCCCUGCUAACUCUGCACCUGCACCCUAUCACCAUGAGUGGCUUACCAGGCUGGGUUAUUUCACCAGCUUUUAUUGUCUCUUCAAUGUGCUUGGCAUGCCGGUGACAGCUGUGCCUGUUGCAACAAGCAACGAAGGACUUCCAAUCGCGGUUCAGGUGGUGGCAGCUAAGAACCAGGAUCGACUUUGCGUUGCUGUUGCCAAAGAAUUAGCGAAAGGCUUCGGUGGAUGGAAGAUGCCGAGCACACAAUAAAUACCCAUGUUUUGUUGGGUUACAGGAAUACUCCAAGAAUCUGCCUGCUACCGCUUGAGCGUGCGACAUGAAACUAAAGACGCUCGAAUGUGUAAUGCACCAGAACGUUCAUGUGGAAACUGUCACUAAUCGCAGCACAGAGAUUUGCCUAAUAAAGCAUUGUUGAUUGCU